AUGGCAUCACAUCUCUCCACUGGGCGGGGCAUGUCCCUGGCAGAGCUACCCAAAUCUCACGUAUUCACAUCACGUCUACCGCCGGACCCGGCCUUUGAGACCCCCGAGGCCUCCCAUAAAGCACCACGGGAAACACUGGGCCCUCGCAUGGUGAAGGGCGCUUUAUAUACCUUCGUCCGCCCGGAACCAAGCGAGGACCCAGAGCUACUCGGGGUGAGCCCUCGAGCAUUGGAAGACCUGGGAUUACAGCCCGGGGAAGCAGAGACGCCGAAAUUCAAGGCUCUGGUGUCUGGCAACGAAAUAUUCUGGAACGAGGAAGAAGGGGGAAUCUAUCCCUGGGCUCAAUGCUACGGCGGCUGGCAAUUUGGCUCAUGGGCAGGACAACUGGGCGAUGGACGCGCAAUCAGUCUCUUCGAGUGCACAAAUCCGCAAACCAACAAGAGAUAUGAAUUGCAAUUGAAGGGAGCCGGCAAAACUCCGUAUUCGCGAUUUGCAGACGGCAAAGCUGUCCUUCGAUCAAGCAUCCGUGAAUACGUUGUUUCCGAAGCUCUCAAUGCACUUGGAAUCCCGACCACCCGAGCAUUAUCCCUUUCGUUACUUCCGAAGGAAAAGGUCUUGCGAGAACGUAUUGAGCCUGGUGCGAUUGUUGCCCGCUUUGCAGAGAGUUGGCUUCGGAUCGGCACGUUCGAUAUCCUGCGGGCAAGAGGUGACCGCGACCUGAUUCGAAAGCUCGCUACCUAUGUCGCAGAGGACGUUUUCGGCGGAUGGGAAAACCUCCCUGCAGCUGUCUCCGUGCGUGAGGGUCAGUCAGACCGUGAGAUUGACCACCCUCAGCGUGGCGUCGCCCGCGAUGAGAUCCAGCAACACCAAGGGGUGGAUGAAAAUCGAUUUGCCAGGCUUUACCGUGAGAUUGCGCGACGUAACGCGAAGACAGUUGCCGCCUGGCAAGCUUAUGGUUUCAUGAACGGUGUGCUGAAUACCGAUAAUACUUCGAUCUACGGGUUGUCCUUGGACUACGGUCCAUUUGCCUUCAUGGAUACUUUCGACCCUCAGUAUACCCCAAACCAUGACGACCAUAUGCUACGGUAUGCAUAUCGUAAUCAGCCUAGUGUAAUAUGGUGGAACCUCGUGAGACUAGGUGAAUCUUUCGGAGAACUGCUCGGUGCUGGCAAAAAGGUCGACGAUGAAAGCUUCAUCAAGGACGGCGUGACAGAGGAGAUGGAGCCGGAACUGGUCAAACUGGCCGAGACGGUAAUUGAUCGAACCGGUGAAGAGUUCAAGGUGGUCUUUCUCAACGAAUACAAGCGUUUGAUGUCUCAACGGCUAGGGCUCACAACUCAGCAAGACUCCGAUUUUCAGACUCUGUUUUCAGAAUUGCUUGAUACCAUGGAAGCCUUGGAAUUGGACUUCAACCACUUUUUCCGGCGCCUGUCAGGACUCAACAUAUCUGAUUUGGAGACUGAUGCACAGAGGACACAAGCCGCCGGCAUUUUUUUCCAUGGGGAGGGAUUUGGUGGCGUCGGAGAAACCGAUGCGUCUGCCAGAGAUCGCAUUGCUAAAUGGUUGAACAGAUGGCAAGAUCGGGUGCAACAAGACUGGGGACCUGAUAAAGAUGGAGAAAGGCAGAACGCUAUGAAGGCUGUCAAUCCAAAGUUCAUCCCUCGAGGCUGGAUUCUGGAUGAGGUGAUUGAGCGUGUAGAGCGCAAGGGAGAUCGAGAUAUACUAGGGCGAAUAAUGGACAUGAGCCUCAAUCCAUUCAAUGAGCAAUGGGGACAUUCGGAGGAAGAAGAGGAACGUUUCUGUGGCAACGUUCCCAAGUACAAAAAGGCAAUGAUGUGCAGCUGUAGCUCGUGA